AUGGCUGCCGCGAGCGACAAGGCUCGCUUUUUCCUGGAACAAUCGGUACCUGAACUGAAGGAAUACGAACGCAAAUGUAUCUUCAGCGCCGAUGAGAUUACCCGCAUCGCCCGCAAACGAUCCGACUUUGAGCACAAGAUCAACGCCCGGGGAUCCACGCCCGCGGACUUCGCUCGGUACGCCGAGUUCGAGAUAAACGUGGAUGCCUUGAGGCGCAAGAGAGUCAAGAGAUUGGGAAUCAAGUCCACAGCACACAAUGGCAAGCGCCGCAUCUUCUUCGUCUUUGACCGCGGUACUCGCAAGCAUCCGGGCGAUGUCGGUCUAUGGACGGAGGCAAUAGAUUUCGCGAGGAAGCAAAAGGCACACAAGAAGCUGCAGGAUAUGUUGACACAAGUGCUCCGAUUGCAUCCUACAAAGCCCGAUUUAUGGAUCCAUGCCGCCCGAAAUGCGUUGGAAGAGAAUGGUGACAUUACUGAAGCAAGAAGUUACAUGCAACGUGGUCUUCGAUUUUGUAAAGGGUCAAGAGCCAUGUGGUUGGAAUAUGCGAGACUAGAAAUGUCUUACAUCGCAAAGAUUCACCUCCGUCGAGAAAUCCUUGGAAUCCCCAUCCGCAAAUCCGAUCAACCACAACACGCAAACGGAAGAGAUGACGAUGAGGAUCUUCUGCGGUUGCCGAGACUAACGGCUCUGGACGUCGGCCCGAACGCUGAAGACGAGGCCGAUACAUCUGCGCUACAGAAUCUGGAAUCGACACCCGCGACGAGUGGUGCCAUUCCCGUUGCAAUAUUCGACGCUGGUAUGGCCCAGUUCCUCGACCCAAAGUUUGGCUUGGACUUUUUCAAGAUGAUUCUGGACUACGAUGACAUUCCAACCUGUCGCAAAGUUGCGGAUCAUGUGGCGGUACUCUUGAUGAGGGAAUAUCCACAGAGUUGGUGCAGCCAGGCCUGCCACAUACAGCUACCACUUGUCUCGGUACCUCACUCUUCUCCCAUCUUCCCACCCGCUUUCAGAGAUAUGCUGGAACGACUGAAGGGUGCUCGCAAGAAGACCAACAGCCUUGAGUUGAUCGGCUGGGUUAAAGGAUUGCUUGAAGAGCUCGUUCAGACUUCCGAUCUGGACCCAGCAAUCAGGACAGUGGCAGACUCGGUUGUGAAAUCCUUGGUCGUCUCUGAGUCGACUUAG